UCUGAUUCGAAUAAACAUGAUGAAAAAUGACAAUGAGUAAGAACUAUGUAAUUUUGGGGAUAGAAUUGUGGUUUUUAAGUUGGUUUACAGUUGCAUAAUCACUUAAUAAUAGUUUCAUUACGUUUUUUUGCAGGAAUUUAUUUUGGAAAAGAUAGAGGACAGAACAGUUUGAGAAAUGGAAUCAGGACAGGAAAUACAAUGCUUGAACAAAGGGACAGAGAUAGAAGAAAGGAAAGACAUUCCAUUCCUAGUCUUCUACAAUGGACAAUUCGAUGAUCGAAUGAAUUAUGAAAAUUAUGAAGCCAGUGGACAUUACAUUUCAGCCAAUUGUAACUAUGAAGAUUUGCAACAGAAACUCAAAGAUAACCUGGAGUGCAACAAGGAAAACACUGUUUUGCAACUGAAAUAUCAAGUGAAGGAAGGAUACCAACCAUUGAGGAUAAAGGAUGAUCAAAGCCUGCAUUUCUACAUACAACUCAAACUGAAAGACCCCGACUUCACAACAUACCCAAUGUGUGUGAAUGUCAUCAACAACCCAACAACAACCAUCGAUGCAUCAUUCUUGGGAAAUGACAAUUCAUUAAUUACACAUACAAGCGCCUUCCAACCAAUCGAAUACAAUGCAGCAACAACAGAAGACUCAACAAAUCAACAACAUAUAAUUGAAGCUACAGUACCAGAAUUUGGGGGAGAAAGUUUUGACUUCAUGGACUAUGCAAAACUUGUGGCAGAGGAGAUGGUUGAGCAACUGGAAAACAAGAGAAAAAGGAACCGUAAAUCACAGAUUAUGACGAACUACUAAUCACAGAUCCGCAACAUCCUGAAAUAGAAGAAGCACAAAUAUACAAAGACAAAGAAACACUGCAGAGUGUGCUUGGUUUCUACGCAAUUAGGAACAACUUCCAAUUCAGAGUUAAAAAAUCAUGUGCAAGAACAUACAAGAUUUGUUGUUUGGAUCCAAAAUGCAAGUGGGCACUAACAGCAUCCAGAAACGGGCCAACAAAGUCAUUCAUCAUUCGAAAGUACGACAGAAAGGUGAUACACACUUGUGAUCUAAACAUCAGAUUUGCCGACAAGAGACAAGCUACAACGAAAUUGAUUGGAAACUACAUCAAGCAACGGUUCACCAACAUAAAAACAACUCAAAUGCCACAAGACAUCAGAGGAGAAAUG